GGUAGAGGGUUGUGUCUCAAAAAGGCACCACAGACAGUCAAACUGACAUUCGGACUGAUACUCAUACUGAGGUCAAGUGGGGCAUACGGAGGUCACAUACGGCUAUAGCACGGAACCGGUCAACCAUUCAGAGAUGCUGAAAUCUUUCUACUCGCAAUCCCUGGCCAACCUCUUCCGGGAGGUCAAGGCCCCAUCCUACAAGUUGGUCCAAGGGGAGGAUGAUGAUGACGAGGACGACGAAGACUUCCACAUCCUGGAGUUGGACGACAUUGAGCUGCAGGGUUCCCUGGAGAGCAGCGCUGCUCACAGGCCGAGCCGGGAAAGAGCACUCUCACUCUCCUUUGAAAUCACCCUCACCGACCAGAGCAGGCUGCUCCGCAUCGAUCAUAUCCAGCAGAUCUCCAGGCACUUUCCUAGUGCUCUGACAGUGUGCACUUGGUCGCUGGUCUACAGCACUCACAGUCACGGCAGCAGCCUCAGGACUCUGUACAGGAACAUGGCCAAGUGGGACUGCUGCACGCUCAUCGUCAUCAGAGACAACCACGGGCAGGUCUUUGGGGCCUUCUGCUCAUCUCCUCUCAAAGUCAGCUCCUCCUUCUAUGGCACAGGACAAGGCUUCCUGUUCUCCUUGAAUCCACGCCUCCAGGUUUACAGAUGGACAUCUGCCAACUCCUACUUCAUAAAUGGUGGCAAGGAAUCCUUAGCAUUUGGUGGAGGAGGGGGUCAAUUCGGUCUGUGGCUUUGUGGAGACUUGAUCCGCGGACGGAGCCAGAGGUGCGAAACGUUUGAUAAUGAUCUCCUGUCGGCCGCCGAAGACUUCUUUAUUGAUGAGCUCGAAGUCUGGGCCCUCGUCUGACCCCGAGGGAUGAUGAAACGCCGCAACAACGCGCCGCCGUGAGGCUAUGGUGACGAGACGAGAGUCAGGGAGCAAAGCAGGCGGCAUCAAGGCCCACAGCUUUCAGAUAGUGAUUAUGAGAUUUGCCAUUCUCACUGAUAAAUGAAAUGGCGAUAGCUGACAUGUUAAAUUUGUUCAAAAAAGCAGCCUCACCUAAGCAAGCAAGCCAGAGGGCUUUGUGAGUGGGACAAUACUGCCUCCUUCUGGUUAAAACUGAAAAUGAAACUUAAGCAGAGUGAGAGGCACUGGAAGAGUAAAUCACCACUAGAGAGAGCUCUUAUCUCAUGCUAGGCGUCUGCGCAUGCGUGCGUGCGGGCGUGCAUGCUCGCGUGUGUGCAUGCGUGUGUGUGUGUAUGCGUGUGUGUCCGGCUACUCUUGUGGCUCCUCUGUACUGGAUCACUGUGAUGUUCUCUAGCUCAACACCCACUCACAUGAGGGGGCCUUAUAAUUUUCUUUAUGCAUUAAUCCACUGUGAGGGGAACUGAAGGCUCAUCACCUCCAACAAUCCACCACCACUAUCAUACACUCAAGCAUAAUACCCGGCAUUACCAGACAAGCAGCUCAAAUAUAUAUCAUUAUCUGUCCAAAACCCAUCUAAUUAUUUAUUUCCACACAUUGUUGUACGCUUACGCUCAUGUACACCCACACCCACACUCUCAUACGAUCCCUUACAUACACACUAUGCUUAUCAUACCACCAAGCAGCAUUAACUAAGGAGCAUGUUGCCAAGGAAACCAAGCUGCAGUUACUGCAUAUGAUGUGCAGUCGCAGUUAAUACUUCUUUUUUUUGAUUGUCGCAUGGAAUUACUACUGCAGUUUAAACUGAACUAUUCAGUGUUUGCUUCCUUGCAAUCUGAGCAGAUGGAGACCAACUGUAAACUGUCAUUUUAAAUUCUGUUCCUUAUCAUGUUUACCAUUUAUGUAUGUAAAGUAGUGAUUUAGGUAAGCAGAUGGCCCAGAACUGAACGCUGAGAGGAGGUCAGUCCGAUUGGAAGCAUCUGUUGCUUCAGACAUUGUGACGUACCAUAGCUGCACUCCCAUGGAAGACAUAGGGAAAUGCAUGAACAUAUCUCUGGCCUCAGAAUUCCUCCCUCUAAACACGGAGACUGAAACAACGGCACUGAAUUGCACUGAAGGAUGCAGCGCUCGUUACUCUGCCUCGCCAUCGCUAUUGUCGAUGGUGUAAUCAAUGUGAUUUGUUACAUCCUCGAUGAGAAGUCAAUAAGGAGAAUUGUCCCUCAGUCAAGUUCAUAAAGCCUCCAUCUGCACAAGAAUAAAUUGCCUCUAUCAUAAACAGCCUCAUAUGGCACGGAGGGGCACUUCUCUGAAAUUAUCUGAUAGGGCAUUCAGAAUUUAAACUGAGGACUCUUCACUCAAAAUGCAAUGAGUAUGUGCCGGUAUUCAAAUAAAACUGGAGAGCUAUAUGGGUUUGUUACGUGUCUAUGUCAAUAUUUUCUUGUGGCUUCCGGUGUGGCAAAAGGAUAUCUCUUAUCUUUUGCAUUUAUAUACACAAAAGAUAAAUAAAAAGACACAAUGAUGUGAGGGAGGGCGAGAGAAGACAUGGAGUGAGGAAGGAAAGAGAUGGAAUGCUGAGCACCAUCCAGU